AUGGCCGAGGAAAGUCACACUCGCGGACUAGCUACCAAGUCGGCCCCCAGCCCACUGCAGAGAAUGGGCAGAUUACAGACUGUAACAAAAAAGAAUGGAGUCUCUCUCCUUCAUACAGAUUGGAUUUGUCACAAAGUUACCGAGUCAACCAUUCUGGAUAAAGUGUUUCAGCCUUCACCUGCAGAUCAUGAAAAGAAUGGUGGAAAUGCACAGAAACCUCAUAAACUUCAUAUUCUUACCAGAAUAAAUAGUACAAAGAAGUAUCCCUGUUGGGGAAAAGAUGCAAUAAAGAUGCUUGGGUUAGAAAAAGCGCAUACCCCUCAAGUUCACAAGAAUAUCCCUUCACUGAAUACAAAACUGAAAGUGGUUGAACAGUUGAUAAAAAUCAAGCCCCCGAAGUUGCCACAAGGACUUCCAACAGAGGAACACAUGUCUAACACGUGCCUCAAGAGCACUGGGAAGGCUGGAUGCACUGGGGAAUUACUAGUACAGUGGCAUCUAAAACCUGAGGAACAGAAAACAGUUACAUCCUCACGCCAGAACAGCUUCAGGCCACCAGUUUCCCAUCUCAUUAAUGCACUUCUGCAAAAGUCAGGCUGCUCCUCACUGGCACUGCUGCUCUGUGUCGGCAGCUGUCCACCCACAGCUCCUCGACAGAGCACUGCGGAAUGA